UUCUUUACUUUCUUGUAAUAAAUAGAAUAUAAGUUAUUAAAAUUGUUAAAUAUGUCAACAGGCAAUAAUCAAAUACAAACAUUACCAAUUCAAGAUGCAACAAAGUAUCAUUGUAAUUCUUGCUUUGGUGACUGUUCAGGACUUCGAGUUUCUUGUGCUGAUUGUGCUGAGUUUGAUGCGUGUCUUCAUUGUUUUGCAUCAGGUGUAGAAGUAGGAAACCAUAAAAAGAAUCAUAGAUACAGUUUUAUUGAUAAUGGGACUUUCAGUUUGUUUGUUCCAAAUUGGACAGCUGAUGAAGAAAUGUUGCUUCUUGAUGGAAUCGAACAACAUGGACUUGGAAACUGGGAUGAUGUUGCUGACCAUGUUGGUACAAAAUCAUUUCAAGAAGUCCAAGAACACUUUGAAGAUAUAUAUCUGUGGAAAAAUAUUGGAACAGCAACCUUAACUCGUGGUUUAUCAGAGAUACGUGACCAUACUGCUGCUAAUGCUGAAUUUUUUCCUUCCAUUCAUCAAACUGAAGAAAUUAUCGAUCUUCCUCCAUCAGAACAGCUGGAACUUGGUUAUAAGCCUCUAAGAGAUGAUUUUGAAAGGGAGUAUGACAAUGAUACAGAGAAUUUAGUGAAAAAUUUGGUUUGUAGUCGUGAUGAUGAUGAGCUGGAGACUGCUUUAAAGUUAUCAAUGGUAGAUAUGUAUUGGAGAUCUUUAAAAGAAAGAGCAAGAUUUAAAAAAAUAGCUAAACAAUAUGGACUAAUCACUACAAAGCAUAAACUUAUAGCUUCUCGAAGAAAGUAUUCUAAGGAAGACAGAGAAUUCAAAGAUAAAAUACGUGUAUUCGCUCAGUUUUUAUCUGUUCAACAGUGGGAAGAAUUGGUAAAUAAUCGGAUUAGAGAGAAAGAAAUAAAACUGAAAAUAAAGGAUUUAGUACGAUAUCGAAGAAACGGUAUCAAAAAACUUCUUGCUUGUCAAGAGUAUGAAGAAUUCAAGUUGCAACGCGAGAAAAAAAAAGAAAUAAAAAAAAGAAUGCAUGUUAUAUCACCUCCUCGGACAACAAAGACAUCUAAAAAAGAAUCUGAAGAUGAUAGCAGCUUAGAAUCAAAGAUUUUUUUUAACGAAACAGAUUUGAACAGAAAUGAUAACAAGUUUAUUGAAAAAAUGAGAAUGGAUCCUUGUGCAAAUCUCUUAUCAGACAAAGAAAAACAACUAUGCUUUGCGUUAGAUCUAAGCUACUCUCGUUAUUGCGCAAUCAAAAUUCACUUGUUAAACGAAUUUGCUACGUGUCGCUCAAAAAUCACAUAUAAAGGAAAACCUCCAUCUUUUAUGACCACAGCAUUACGGGAAUGCCUUCGAUCAUUUUUCGUACAGUGUGGGUGGAUCGAUGUUUGAAUUUUUUUAUUACUUGUUUGUAAAUAACUAUUAUAAUAACUUAUGUAAA